GCAGCAUGCCCCGAGACGAUUUGCCACGGGCCCACGACACCCCUCAGACCAUCAAGUACAUGAAGUCUUUUGUCGCAGUCCCCCUUGCAUCUUUUGAAUCAACUCGGAUUACUACCGAAGAGAAAAAGGUCACUACAUGUUACUGUCGGAGCACUGUGAGCCGUCUCCGCUCUACAGGCUCGGAUGCGGGGUGUCGAAAAUGUACCUACAUGGAAAUGAUAUGAACUUCACUCUCAGACUCUGCAAGUGAUUUGUAGCAUGCUGUGAUUUAUUCUGUGUAGCCUCCAGACGCACACCAGGGUUGCACUGCUAUCCUACCGCCAAAUACAAGAUGGAAGCCGAAUACACUCGCCUCGCAGAGACAAUCCGCCAGAAAGCCAAUGCUCACAGCAAGAAGCGCUUCCUAGUGGCCAUCGCCGGCAUACCGGGAUCUGGCAAAACAACCACAGCAGCCGCCGUCGCCAGGCUUCUAAACGCGCAAUCAUCACCGAAGCGCACUACUCUGCUUUCCAUGGACGGGUUCCAUCUGUCGCGGGCGACGCUGGACCGUUUACCCAAUCGAGAAGAAGCGUAUAUCCGCCGCGGCGCACCUUGGACCUUUGACGCGGCCCGCUUCGUCCGGUUCAUCCAUCGACUACGGAAUUGGGCUGAUUCAACGCCCUGUGCCUCGGCGGAGACGAUCUACGCACCAUCGUUCGAUCACGAGGCCAAAGACCCCGUCGAGAAUGGCAUUGCUAUCGCCCAUGACGCGGAGAUCGUCAUCGUCGAGGGGAAUUAUUUGCUGCUCGACGAGCCUGAAUGGCGCGAGGUGGCUGCCCUGGUCGAUUACCGGGUGUUUGUUGAGAGUGACCUGCAGGAAGCGCGAGAACGGGUGGCCCGACGGCAUGUCCUGGCGGGGAUUGAGAAGACGUUGGAGGAUGGGUUUCAGAGAGUCGACAGCAACGAUUAUUUGAAUGCGAUUACCAUUCGGGAGAAACUGAUCGCUCCUGAUUUGGUUGUUCACAGUGUGACUGAGCCACCUUGUUGAUACUCAUACAACGCUGAUUUGAUACAAUACAAAAACCC